GAAUUUCAUCAGAAUCAGGACCCCAAUCACAUACCGUAUACGUGUUUGCUAUAUAAAGACAGAGACAUCUCUAGGAGUACCAUCUCAUGAUCAAGUUUUAGCUCAGUUCUUGCCUACGUUGUUAGCACAUUCAAGAUGAGAAGCUCACUUCUUUUUGUGGUCUCAUUCAUGAUUGGUCUGCUCUUGCUUUCUUCUCAUGAAGUGAAAGGAUCGGCCACAAACCAGAUGAGCAAAUGUUCAAAGAAUGAUAUUUCAGUCGCACAAGGCCCUGCCGGUACUCUCCCAGGUGGGAUCUCACAAUAUUUAGUGGAGAUCACAAACACAAAUCCACGAGUACCCAUUGCUGAUAUCCAUCUCAACUUUAAGGACUUCAGCUCCGCCAUCCUUGUUAGCCCUGAGAUAUUCAGGCGCAUUGCCAUGGAUGACUGUCUGGUCAACGACGGAAGAGCACUAGCUCCCGGUGCAGCUCUCUCCUUCAGAUACGCCAACACCAAGCAACACCCCCUUCCAGUUGUCUCAGCCCCAUGUUAAGUCAUCCGUAGAAUUUAUUUAGUUUUAUGCGUUUUCAGCACUGUUGCUAGGCAAGCACUCCUCCUCUAUUCUUUGCAGUCUA